UCGCAUUGGCAUUGCAAGAUCGUCAAGCCAAGAUGGAAGUGUCCUCCAGAGGCUUAGCGCUAGCGCUCAUCCUCAGCUUCUCCUCUCUCUGCUACCUCGGCGCUCCAUCCUCAGCAGCUACCUCCGACCCCGACGGCUUCCUGCAGUGCCUGUGGGGGAGCGUACCCAGCGGGCUCAUCUACACGCAGGGCGCGAGCAACUUCACCGACGUGCUGGCGUCCUCCGUCCGGAACCCCCGGCUCUUCACCGCCGACACGGCGCGCCCGCUCUGCGUCGUCACGGCCACCGACGGCUCCCACGUGCAGGCCGCCGUGCGUUGCGGCCGCGCGCACGCCGUGCGCCUCCGCGUCCGCAGCGGCGGGCACGACUACGAGGGCCUCUCGUACCGGUCCCUGCAGCAGGGCGAGGUGUUCGCGGUGGUCGACCUCGCCGGCCUCCGCGCCGUCGCUGUCAGCGCCGACGACGCCGCGUGGCCGGCCCCCACGGCGUGGGUCGAGUCCGGCGCCACGCUCGGGGAGCUCUACUACACGGUCGCCAGGAACAACUCCGGGCUUGCGUUCCCGGCCGGGAUCUGCCCGACCAUCGGCGUGGGCGGCCACUUCAGCGGCGGCGGGAUCGGCAUGCUCAUGCGCAGGUUCGGGCUCGCCGCCGACAACAUCCUCGACGCCAAGCUGGUGAACGCCGACGGCGAGCUCAUCGACAGGGCGGCCAUGGGGGAGGACCUCUUCUGGGCCAUCCGGGGCGGCGGCGGCGGGAACUUCGGCAUCGUCGUGUCGUGGAAGGUGAGCCUCGUCAGGGUCCCAUCCACCGUUACGGCGUUCAACGUCAUGAGGACGCUGGACCAGGGCGCCAUCGACGUCCUCACCAGGUGGCAGGAGGUCGGCCCGACCCUGCCCUUCGACAUCAACAUGCGGGCGAUCAUCCAGGGGCAACAGGUGACGUUCCAGACACUGUACCUUGGCAGGUGCAGCGACGUCGUGCCGACGCUGGGCACCUUCUUCCCGGAGCUCGGCAUGACGGGCGCCGACUGCCUCGAGAUGACCUGGCUGCAGUCGGUGGUCUUCUUCGACACCUGGAACCCCAGCGCGCCGGUGGAGUCGCUGCUCAACCGCCGCACCAGCCUGAGCACCUUCACCAAGAACAAGUCCGACUACGUCCGCCGCGCCAUCGCCAGGGAUGACUGGAAGAACAUCUUCCCCUGGUUCGCCAUGAACGGCGCUGGGAUGAUCAUCCUGGAGCCGCACGGCGGGUUCAUCGGCGCCAUCCCGGCCUCGGCGACGCCGUACCCGCACCGGAGCGGGGUGCUGUACAACAUCCAGUACAUCGCCUUCUGGCCCUCGGGCAGCGACGGCUCGGCGGCGACGAGCUGGAUCAACAACUUCUACGACUUCAUGGGCCAGUACGUGACCAAGAACCCGAGGGAGGCGUACGUGAACUACCGCGACCUGGACAUCGGCGAGAACACGGUGGUGAACGACGUCAGCACGUUCGACGGCGGCAAGGUCUGGGGCGAGAAGUACUUCGCCGGCAACUUCAGGAGGCUUGCCGCGGUGAAGGCGGCGGUGGAUCCGACCGACUUCUUCAGGAACGAGCAGAGCAUCCCGCCGUUGCUCCAAGGCAAUAAUCGUUGGGGCAAGCGUUUGGGCUAACACGAGUAUUGUAUUGUUGAAUCUUGAUGCGAUGUACUGUUUCUGGUUCCGUUGAUAUGAGCUGGUGCGGAACCUGAGUACCUAACUGUUUCUGAAAGAAUAAGGCCAAGAAUUGCACGUCUAUAUGCUCGUACUUUUUAUGAGGAAA